AUGGUCAUCCUUAAAUUAGCAAGUGAGAUUAUCGAGGAUGGGAAUCUGAACAAACUUAAUUCACUAUUAUCUAUGCCCCUGACACAAGAGUUAGUUCAAACUCUAAGAAGGAUUUUUUUAUAUCUGUAAGAUAAAAAGUUAUUUUCCAUUUCAUAUGGAUCUGAAUGGAAUUAGUGGAACUUGAGAAAAAACAACAACAGAUAAAAUGAAAGUAAUUAGGUUGACAAUUUUUUGAAUAUUAAAUGGAGUGUUUACUUGAGAUUGUUGUUCUAACAUUCCUUUUAUGAUGAUUUAUUAUUAAGCAUUUAACAAACUAUAGACUGUCCACCCUAUGUCAGACUUGUGUAAACUUCAGUUGAAAAAGGAAUAGAAAUCCCCAUCAAUUCGAAUUAUUUUUAGGUGUUGCAAUACCUUCCUCUAGACUUCGAAAAAUUUAUAAUAUUAAUAAAAAAAUUCCCAUAAAUUGAGUAAAAUGAUGCUGCUCAAUUCACAAUUUUUAUUUAAAAACAAUUAUCCAAGAUCACAAAUGAUUAAGAAAGACUAUAAUUUUCAAAAUUAAUUAAUACUCACUUGGUUGAUAAAGUAGACAACCCAUUAAUUUUGGCUGACUUUCUGUAAAAUAGCAUAGAUAAUGGAGGUUUAGAAUUAAAAAUAAAUUCUCUAUAAUCAUUAUUAAUAUUAAUUACUAGAUUUAAUUAUAAUUUGGACAAUUUUUAUGAAAGAUUAAUACAGAUAAUUGAAACUGAAGGAGCAUUGGAAAGUUCCUCCAAAUCGAAAUUAUUCAAAUUAAUAGAUGUAGCAACAAAGUCGACAAAAGUCCCCUUAUAAACCUUGGCUAGAAUAAUUUAAUCAGUACUAAGAGCAUGUCUUAAAGAGUCUUGUUCUUUGCAGUUGGCAGCUACUCAAAUUAUUUUCAAUAUCUUCAAAAAGCAUGUAUAAUUAAAACACUUCCUCCAAUAAGGAGAGGCUCAACUUGUGGAGAUAGCAUCUUAUCAGAAUCACUGGCAUCCUGAAAUUAAGAGGAUAAUAUCUUAUUUAGAAGAUGACUUAAGUAUUUUUGAUUAUUUUAACCUAAAUGAUGUAAUCGAAUUGUAAGAUUAAUAACUAUUGGAAGCAUAAUUUUGA